AAACAUUUCAUCCGCCAAGCAGCAAUAGUUAGUAUUGGUGUGUCCAGUUUGAAGGGUGCACCUAACGCCUGCCGUGCACGCCGCUCCGGUCGGCAUGCGAGAGUGCCAUUCACAAGUGCGCAGGCGGCGGCGUUGGAGGCUGCGUAUGCGCGUGCGCCUUACCUCGCGCCACCGGCGCUACGUGCUUUAGCUGCAGCGUUACAGCUCAGAGAUGAUAGAAUAAAGAUAUGGUUUCAAAAUAGAAGAGCAAGAGAACGAAGAGAAAAAACUGGACCCAUCACGCCCCCUCACGCAGUGGCGUUGCCCUCAACUGCUUCUCAAAAUAACAUUUUUACCGAAGCUUGGAAUCAAAGUCAAGAAGAUAUCUCAUUGGUCCUACACAGUCAGCAUUCUGAAUUAGGUGCAAAUUUAAACAUAUCAAACAAAGCUUAUUUUUGUCCAUCUCUCAGUACUUCCGAGGAAGAUUCAAACGAAAGCCGGUGCGAAUCUCCAAUAGACGUCGAAAACAUUCAUGGAUGAUACAUAUUAACUAAUUUA